AUGCUCUACUUAUCAACACUUUUCCUUCUUUUAGCUUCAGCUUACGCCGCUCCAUUAGACACAAAAGUCCACGACUCGCCCAUUCUCGUCACAAUCGACACAGAUGCUUCUAAGUCAUUACAUUUGGGACCCUAUGAUAGAACUCGUUUUGACCUAAUUGAGACAUUCCACCCACUUCAAACUGCAUCUGUUGCCAGAGCUGAUCAGAUUGCUUUGUUGAAACAGAAAGCUCAAGCUCAAGGAGUUAAAGUAUCUGAGGGACAAGUUGGAAGUGAUGCUCCAGCUAAGGACGGAGAAGUACUACUUCACGCCUCCAAGCCUGAACAAGUUCAAGAAAGAGUUGUUUUUGGUGAAUACACUCCAUGGACCGCCUGGACUGGAUGUGUCAAUGGAGAAAGAAGUCGUGUAAGAACCUGCGUAUCCAAGAGACCUGGACUUAAGAUUGUCUGCCACGGACCAAACAAGGAGGUUCAAAAUUGCUUUUCCACCGAGGAACAUUUCACUGCAGUUGCAGCCGACCCAUGGACAAUUGAAAAAGAGAUCAACGGAGAUUUUUUGAGUGAUCAAUUCAAGACACUCUAA